AUGUUCGCUGCGGGAAGCCCAAUAUCUCCACAUCUCUCCACCAAAAGGGCCUAUUCCAAGUCCGGCUGCAAGGAGUGCAAGAGACGCAAAGUCAAGUGUGACGAGGGAAAACCUUUUUGCUGGAACUGUCAGCGCUUAAAGAGAGAUUGUGAAUAUCCAGCGGUUAAGUCUCAGAAGAAAGCCAAGCCAGAUGCCACGGUCACUUACGAACUAAACACACUAGCUGGUGUUGGCUACGGCUUGGUUCCACCUAUUCUGGGACCAUUGCCUAUAAGCUACGAUGAUCCCGCCUUGGCAGGUAAUGUCUCUGAUUUGAACAAACCGAACGUUUUGGACGAAGACGAAAUGAUCAAUGCGAAUUCUUUGAAGGCCAAUCUGAAUGAUUUGGUCAACUUGCGUUUGGUUGAAGUGGGAGGUGUCUCGUACAAUGAGAACGGUGAAGCCACUGUUGUGGACCAGUCUCUAUGGCAGCACAAUUUGAUCAAGACCAAGUAUGAAUUUCCUCUGACCCCACCCACUUCUGUUCCAGACGUUGCCCUGCAAAAAGUGGAGCUGGAGUCUUAUCCUGUUGAGGAAGAACACAAGAGAUAUCUCACGUUCUUCUACAAGGAGUUUGCACCCAUCCUGUUGCCUUUCACACCCAUGGAGGACUUGAAUCCGGUGAGAGAUAUUCUUUUGACAUAUGGCCAGGGAUGUCCGUAUCUGUUGAGUGCCAUUCUGGCGUGCGGUGCUUUUUCGGCGUACAGGGCCACUCCCACUGUGGAGGAUGAACAGUCCUACAGACAGUAUCUGUCCAACUGUCUCCGUCUUCUGAGUUCGGGUCUUGCUGACGAAAGAAGGCUCGCUGAGAACGUGGAUGCACUGCUGCUGACGAUUCUAUUGUUGACUUCGUACAAUGCCACGUCCACUUCGCAAACCUGGAGGCCCCAUUUGAAGGGAGCCAGGGACCUGCUGAGUGUAUAUGGGACCGAAUCGGAAAGUGCCAAAGAUUCGCUGGUUAUCUCUUUCUGUAGAGCUUGGUACAUCGCCAUCGAGACUUUGGCCGGUUUGGGUGCUUCUUUAGGUGGAACCUUGCAUACUCAGGAAGAGAUCGGUGCUUUGCUCGUUCCCUCGGAUGUUCCCAAGUUCAAGAACGAUCUGGAGGCUUUGUGGCUGUUGCGUUCGGAUGGCUUCAAUUUGCUUUAUGGAUAUACUGAGAACUUGUCUCGUUGUUUGCAGUCCCUGAUUGGUCUGCUGCGUAGAGUCAAGGCCAAGAAGUGGAAGCGUGGAGAGAACUGGUGUACUGAGCGUGGGUCCAAGGUGAAGUACUUCGAGGUUCUUCCUUUACUUUCCGAGCUUUAUGGCGAGUCCAAUUUCCAGAUCAUCUCCAACACGGGAAUCGUGCCUGUUGACCAUUUUAUGCACCCGGAAAACGACAGGGCCCCUCCCGCAGAUUUCCAGCCACUGCCUCACAACGCUAUUGGUACUGUGAUCAAUGCAGACGGCUCGGUGGAUUACAUCUCAUGGUUUGACAUCUCUCAACAGGCCUAUGCCACUGCUUCUGUGCUCACCAUUCUCACACAGCUGUUGAGAAUGCCUUCGCACUGUCCAGCCGUUCAAAGUGUGCUCAAACGGGUUCUGGGUCUGAUGCACUUCCUGCGUUCCGUUGAGCGCGAGAGUUCUACCAGUCUCUCCAUGCUGCAUUGGCCCAUGUACAUCGUUGGGCUCAACUGUGUUGAAAAAGAAGACAGGGAGUCCACUCAAUUGUUUUUUAACUUACUGGCCGAUACCGGUGCCGAAGCUGCAGACAAGAUCCUGAACCGUAUCAAGCACAACUGGACCAAGGUGGACCAGGUGAAAUACGACUAUGGUUUGAUUGAGAAGGAACAGAAUGAUAGUGAGGACGAGGAGGAUAUUCUGCUUUAUUAG